AUGGCACUCAUAUUCUAUAUUGUAAGGUUGAUGUCUCUUUUUACCAUUACUCUGGUUAAGAGUAAUCCACCUGAAAAUUUUAAUUUUUCAUCUAUCCUUGUGUUCGGAGACUCUAGUGUAGAUUCCGGAAAUAAUCAAUAUCUUCCAUGUCUGCCUAAGGCAAAUUCUUGGCCUUAUGGAAUAGAUCUUCCAGGUGGAAUUGCUACCGGAAGAUUUUCCAAUGGAAGAUUGGUUUCAGAUUUUAUUGCAAAUGCUUUAAAUAUCAAAGAGUUUGUUCCUCCAUUUUUGUAUCCAAAUCUUUCCGAUGAAGAACUCUUAAGGGGAGUUUGUUUUGCUUCGGCGGGAGGUGGAAUAGAUGAAAUAACAGGAUCUCUGACCAAGGUUCUAUCAUUGUCCCAACAAAUUGACCAUUUCAAAUAUUUGUGUAAUAGACUUUCACAUUUGUGCGAUGACCGUUCCAAAUAUGUAUUUUGGGACAAUGCACAUCUAACUCAAGCAUCCUAUAAUUAUUUGGCGUCCUAUCUUUUCAAAGAAGCUCUUCCCUAA